AGGGAUACAACCGCUUACCUUGAGCUCAAAAUCGAAAAAGAAGAGAGUAAGGAACUGAAAAAAUCUCUGAAGAUGAUUCGCCAGAUACUAAAGAAAAUGGAGCGUUUCGAAAGUCAUACACGGAAGAUCACCAGGCUAUUUUUAAGCUUGAAGAAGUUUCUUAAAAAAAUAAGAACUGAAACAGAUGGUUCUAAGGCAUUUGUAAAAAUGACAAAAAAUCUUAUUAAAGAUAUAUCAAAUAUGAAUGUAAAUACGAGCGGAAACACAUUCCAAAGCCAAAGCAAUGAAAUUAAGACCCUUAAAUCUGCAAUGAUAAAUUACAAAUCUGCCUUACUGAACGAAUCCAUGACAGAGAAUGUCAAUGAAGUUAUACACAAUUUUGACGAGAUUGUCGAAGCGAUCGAGACGGCGAUCGAACUGUUGAAGAGUUUUUCCAAAAGCUAUGCGUUUGUGAAGAAAAAUCUUGACAAAGUUCGUUUUCUGGAUGUACCCCAUUGGGGCGAAUGGGGAGCUUGGAGCAAAUGCCCUGGUGUGACAGAACGAUGUGGUGUGAGGUUUCGUGAAAAGUUGUGCAUAGAUGAUAGUGGAGCCUGGCAAUUUGGAAAAUGUAUCGGCAAACGACCGACUGAACAAGGAGACUGCGAUUGUAAAUUGCCGACAGAACACACCGGUGGGCGAUCCGCCGGUCGUCAAACCUAUAAAGUGCGAAAUGUAGAGCCAUACUCGUACAUAGUAUCGAUUUCGAAAAACGUUUCGUAUUUAGGAGAAGAUACCGGACAUUUCUGUGGUGGUAUAAUAAUUUCAGACAGAUGGAUCAUGACUGCUGCACAUUGUGCCUGCUCUGAUGGUUAUUGUUGUACAGAGAAUAAGUUCCUAACUUCAAAAUGUGAUUUGAAAAAUUGGAAAAUAAGCGCUGGAUUAUUGCAACCACAUACAGAGAUGAUUGAUGAGAGCGGUCAAAUAGUGGAAGUUGUCAGUGUUGUGAUCCAUGAGAAUUAUACAAAAAAUGCAGAAGGCGUACCAGAAGAAAAUGACAUAGCAUUGAUCAAACUCAAAGCGACAUUUAACUUCACAAAACCUAAUGUUCAACCAUGCGAUCUCCCGACUAGUAUUUGUAGGGGUUCUGCAGACGAGGAAUGUGAAAGACAUUCAGCGUGGAAGCAAUGGGACUGCGAAAUAGCAGGCUGGGGUCAAUACAAAGCUAACUCUCUAUCCUCAUCCCCAAUAUUGAGAAAGCAACCAGUUGUCACAGCGGAUAAAGCGAAUCGAGAAGAGAUAACUGCUACGAUUUACACCAGUGCUAUUGGACUCGGAACAGCCUGUAAGGGUGACAGUGGCGGACCGUUAGUUUGCAAGGACGUCGGCAGCAAUAGGUCUGUUGUCAUAGGAAUAAUGAGUUACGUCGAAGAUGGUUCUUGCAUUAAGGACGCUAGGGGGUCUACGGUUCACACUGAAGUGCCACACCUUUUACCCUGGGUGUCAGAUAAAAUGUCAGAAUGGGGUGAAUGGAGCAAUACUUGUGAAACACAAGGUGGAAUGAGACGCCGCACGAAGUCUUGCCUAUUUUUCAGUUACUUCAGUAUUCGCGGUAACAAAUAUCAGAAUUACCUUAACAAUGAAGGAAAGUGUAUUAAGCAAGAACUGGACAACUGCAAAGAAACGUGUAGCAGUAAAGGUGAAGUAUGUUUCGACCGAGACGACUGCUGCCCGAAUGAGAACCUUGCCUGUGGCGUGUUAAAGCAUUGCUGUAGAGAAACAGGGGGAGCUUGCUCCAUUGACGAAGACUGUUGUAGAGGCUUGGCUUGUAAUAGAGGCGAAUGUAUAGUUGAUCCUGACCAACCAACCUGCAAAAAACGAGAUGUUGUUUUUGCACUGGAGACAUCUUGCUCGAUUGCCGAUAGCGACAAAGAAGAUAUUCGCUCUGCUCUUGUUGAAUUCAUACGUGAAGUACAGGUAGACCCAGUUGAUGGUAUAAAGAUAGGAGCGCUAACAUUUAAUAAAGGCGCUCAUCAUGUCGCAUAUCUUUCUGAUUCUGACGACCCCGAUAACUUGGUGCGGCUGGUGGAAAACAUGAACUUGACAGCGGCUGAAUGUUGGACAGAUUUCUUUGAAGCUUUUCGCGCAGGCGAGCAUGAGUAUUUUACUCCCGCAAAUGGUGAUCGUCCAAAUGUCGAAAACCUUUUUAUUAUGAUAACAGAUGGUGUACAAACAAAUCCAGACAGACUAGAACGCACAUUCAACAGGAGUGAUUCUCUGCUUGCGGCUGGAACAGAUAUCAUUAUACUUAACUUACCACGAGGAUGUUACCACGAACCCGGCGUAUCGCAAUGUAUACCCAAUGUAGUUGGGGAGGAAAAUGCGAUCCGGAUUGUAGAAGAUCUGAGGGACUUUAUCGUAACUGACGUCUCGCAGUUUCCUGCAAUACUGAAUCAUGUUUAUCAAAUAAUCUGUACAAGAUAGUCUGUCAUAAUCUAUUCAUUACGUUACAGUUGUAAACAGAAUCAGCCAAUGUCUUUAAGAAACAGCAGACAUG